AUGCGCGCAGUCGGCUUGGCUGUCGCUGCCAGGCACAUGCCAUUGAGGAGCACGAGAAUAGGCGCCUCUUUUCUGCCAAUAUCGCUAUUAAGGCGUCGCUACGCGACCAGUGGCAACGUUGCCUCUAGGUCCAUUGCAAGGCUACUCGAUGAGAAACCCCAAGAAGAAGUCCGCGAUGUCGUCGUCAAUGGUUUCAUCCGCUCUGUGCGAUCUCAGAAAUCGCGCGCCUUUGUCACCCUAGGAGACGGCUCCUCCCUGGCUUCUCUGCAAGCCGUUGUUCCUACGAACCAGGCCGAAGGGCUCACCGUAGGAGCUGCCAUUCGCCUCAAAGGGUCCUGGGUUCGCUCGAAGGGCACCGGGCAAUCACAUGAGCUCCACGUCGACAACGUCCAAGUCCUGGGUCCCUCCGACCCUAAGACAUUUCCGAUCCAGAAGAAGUACCAAACCCCUGAAUAUUUGCGAACGAUACCUCAUCUUCGGCCGAGAACCCCCUUCAACUCCGCCCUUCUCAGGCUUCGGUCCGAAAGCAUUGCGGCAUUGACCCAGUUCUUUGCCAGCCGUGAUUUCGUCCAGACACACCCCCCUAUCAUCUCUUCAUCUGAUUGUGAGGGUGGUGGAGAGGUCUUCAAGGUCGGCCCUGCGUUCCAAGACGAGGGCGAGACGGCCGAUUCAUUCUUCAGAGCCCCAAAGUAUCUCACUGUAUCAACCCAGCUCCACCUCGAAGCACUCGCACAGGCUGUUGGCAACGUGUGGACUCUGUCUCCAACAUUCCGCGCAGAGAAGAGCGACACGUCGAGACAUUUGAACGAGUUCUACAUGCUCGAGGCGGAGAUGAGCUUCGUGGAUCAGCUGGGCGGCGUAAUGGAUGUCGUCGAAGAGAUGCUGCGGUAUCUGGCCACACAUCUUUAUGAAUCUCGAGUAGCUCAGGAGCUUCGGUCCCCAGGUCAAGACAGGGGUUCUAGCGAAGGCGCUGCUGACAGAGCUUCACCAGAAGAAGUUGACAGAAGAUGGCAAGGGAUGAUGCAGGAUUCCUGGCCACGUGUGACUUAUUCUGAAGCCAUUCAGAUUCUAGAGAGGGAUGCGCAUCUGUUCAAGCAGCCGCCGUCCUGGGCCACAGGAUUGCAGUCUGAGCACGAGAAGUACAUUGCCAGCGUUGUUGGACGCCGAAAGCCAGUAUUUGUCACCGACUACCCAUCAGAGAUUAAGCCUUUCUAUAUGCGCGCAACUCCGGAAACUGGCACCGCAAAUCACCACACCGCCGACUGUUUUGAUCUCUUGGUACCAGAGUUUUGCGAGAUCGCGGGUGGUUCGAUGCGUGAGCAUCGCUUGCCCCAGCUCUUGGAUUCCAUGAAAAGACAUAAUAUGGCUACACCUACUCUGGACGACGUCAACUGUCCAACUACGAAUGACCAGAUGCAGUCGUCCAGCAGCUUAGACUGGUACUUGGACCUGCGGCGUUGGGGGUGUCCUCCUCACGGGGGCUUUGGACUUGGUUUCGACCGUCUACUUGGCUAUCUAUCUGGCGUUCAGAGCAUCCGGGACACGGUGACCUUCCCCCGUUGGUACGGUCGGUGUGACUGCUGA